AAAAACGGUAAAAAUUCUUUUAUUUGUAAUUUUCAAUUGUAAAUUCCACAAUAAUUUAUUCAAAAUGGUCAGCUACAAUGUUUACUCGUGCUUAAUAGUUUUUGGAUUUAUCCUACUUAGCAUAACUAAUGUUGAAGGACAUGGUCGGCUCAUAGAUCCUAUUGCCAGAGGAUCUAGAUGGCGAUACAAUGAAUCUGCUCCACCAGAUUACAAUGACAACGAGGGAUUCUGUGGUGGAUUUGGGAUUCAAUGGGGAGUUCAUGGUGGAAAAUGUGGCCUCUGCGGAAAUAGUUAUGGAGAUGCAGUUCCAAGGGCACAUGAAUAUGGAGGUACCUAUGGUGAAGGUGUGAUUGUCAAUACAUACAAAACAAGUGAAAUAGACUUUAGUGUGCUUUUAACCGCCAAUCAUCGGGGAUUUUUCGUUUUUGAUUUAUGUAAUAUGGACAACGCUAAAGAAAGCGACGAAUGCUUUGCCAAAAAUCUUUUGGAACUAAAAUCUGGUGGAACCAAAUAUCAAUUACCAAACUACAAUCCUAACACUUAUUACAAUAGUACUUUAAAAAUUCCUGCUGGUCUUAAAUGUAAACAUUGCGUUUUCAGAUGGACAUAUACUACAGCUAAUACUUGGGGAACAUGCGAAGACGGUUCUCAAGGUUUGGGAUGCGGACCUCAAGAAACAUUCAGAGGUUGCAGUGAUGUUGAAAUAAUAUAAAAGUAUAAGAAAAAUAGUUCAUAAAUACUAACUGAUAUGUAUAUUACAAAACGAGUUUAUUUAAUGUACAGAAAUAUUUUUAUAUAAAAUCGCAUUAAAAAUCGCA